AUUUACAUAUAUGUAUACUAAGUUGAAGUGUAAACUGUCGAAACUUUAUAUUUUUGUUAUUUGACAUGUUUGCUGAAUUUUAAUCUCUAGAAAAUGACGGACAUUAUGAUUUAUAAAUUUAUUCUUCUUCCAGUAUAUUUGUUUGUUACAUCAAAGUGAUUAUUGUUUUGAAGCAAAAAAUUGUGGUUUUGCAGUCUCAUUAUAUGAUAACGAUGACUGUAGUUAAUUAGAAACUUAACAAUGCACGAAUGUUACAACCGAAAUGGGAGCAAAAAUCACAGUUUUACUAAUUACAGAUUAUAUCAGUUCCUGAUGUCGAAUUAAAAAUAUUAAAAAUAAAAUAUUGUUCUGAAGAGAAAUCUCCAUUUAGGACAUUAAAAAUGUCACGAAUAGAUGUAGCCGCUGUACCGUUGCCAAACAACCAAAAUGAUGUAACUGCAGACAACCAUAAUUUAACAAAUGCAGUUGGUUCAUCAUUUAAUAAUAAUAUUAAUAACAAUAACAACAACAAUAAUAAUAAUGCGAAUGUUACGAGAACAAAUAACAAUCAAAAUCCACUCUUUCGUAUGCGUGACAGACUGUUUCAUGCACUAUUUAUCAAAGCUUCCUUAACAUAUGCAAGAACCUUUCCAAGACCUGUGAGACGUUUCAUUGAAUUUUUAAUUUUAAUGAAGGCCAUAAUGGCAUUUUUUGUACUAGCUUAUAUUCAUAUAGUUUUCUCAAGAACUCCAACAACUUGCUUAGAACACGUUAAAGAUGGUUGGCCUCGGGAUGGAAUUCUUAGAGUUGAAAUCUUGAGAAAUGCAGCCGAUGAUUAUAGUAUAGAAAAGAGUUAUGCAAAAGAAGAGAAGCUGCGACAAGUGAAAGUCGAUGAUUUGACCAAUGUACUUGGAAUAUUAACCAGAGAUGGUUUUAUAAAUAUUGAACCAUCAGCAGCAGAUGAGGAACGUGAAAGUCUAAAAGUUGUUAGUAAAAGAAAUUCUCGACAUUUAAAUGUGAUUGAUAAUAGAGUAGUAGGAAUUCAAAGUACUAAGAUUAUGAGUCAGAGUGAAAUAAUUAAUUACAAUUUAACAAGUAACACGCUUAACGCGAUAUCGUCUACAAAACUUUUAUCAGAAUUAAACAUGGAAAAUAGUAAGCCGAUGCAAAAUGAAAUACGUUCAAAUAUUCCUCUGGAUAAUAUGUCGAACGAAGAUACAAGAAAUAUAAUUUCUGAAAACUCAGUAUACCAAUUGAAAAGUUCUGUACCUGAAGUAGAGAAAAUCGUGAAAGCAGAUGAUGAAUAUAUUGUAGAAUAUUCUUUAGAAUAUGGAUUUUUGCGAUUGUCACCUGCAGCUCGACAAAGACUGAACAUUCCAGUGAAAAUAGUUACAUUAGAUCCAUUAAACGAUAAAUGUUUUGGUGAUACAUUUUCACGAUUCAUUCUUGACGAAUUUUUAGGCUAUGAUGAUUUAUUAAUGGCUAGUGUGAAAACUUUAGCUGAACAAGAAGAUAACAAAGGCUUUUUGCGAAAUGUUGUAACUGGAGAACAUUAUCGGUUUGUAAGUAUGUGGAUGGCUAGAACUUCUUACUUGGCAGCAUUUUUCAUCAUGAUAGUAUUUACGGUGUCUGUUUCAAUGCUUCUAAGGUACUCCCAUCAUCAAAUUUUCAUUUUUAUUGUAGACCUCCUGCAGAUGCUGGAAUUCAACGUAACAGUAUCUUUUCCAGCUGCAUCACUUCUCACCGUCAUUCUAGCUCUUGUUGGAAUGGAGGCAAUAAUGUCAGAAUUUUUUAAUGACACUACUACAGCUUUUUACAUCAUUGUUAUUGUUUGGGUCUGCGAUCAGUAUGAUGCUAUUUGUUGCCACACUCCUAUUACUAAAAGGCAUUGGCUACGAUUUUUUUACUUAUAUCACUUUUCAUUCUACGCGUACCAUUACAGGUUCAAUGGUCAGUAUAGUAGUUUGGCCUUAGUUACUUCAUGGUUGUUUAUACAACAUUCAAUGUUGUAUUUCUUCCAUCAUUACGAAUUACCUGUUAUUUUGGAGCAAGCUCAAUUGCAACAUUUAUUUUACGGAAAUCAUGCACAACCAACACAGCCUCCAACAUCCAAUAAUAAUUCACGCUCUUCGAGAAUAUCGCCAACUAUAUCAACAGUUAACCUUGAUAGAACUUCAGCAAGUGUUGAACAAACACAACAAAAUUAUAUAACUGAGCUUUCAUUACUAGAUUCUGAUUCUAACAAUUUUGAAGACAUUCAUACUGCAGAAACAGGAAGUACUCCACCUUCAACAAGUAUAGAAAGUAGUUCCAAUGAAGUGUUGGAAUCUCAAGUACUUGAGGUACAAGAAUCCAUAUCAGAGGAAAGAUAUACUGAUACGCAUAAUGAAGACAAUAAUAAUCAGAUGUCAUCGACGCAAGAAAUGUCUUUGUCUGAUGGAUUUGAAAUUAUAGACUCUUCUGGAACUACACAAGUUGAGGAAACGCCUUAUUCUUUUACUGAAAAUUCGUAGUUACUUUAUUGAAAUUGUUAUAUUUGUUAUUGCUCUGAGAAAAAACUAUGUAUUGUUUAUUUAUUAAUAUAAAGUUUUUAAUAACUUAAUAAAUCAAUAAGAAUAGUGAUUUUA